GGUCUAGGAGGUGUAGGUGGCUAUUCACUUUGUGACAACGGCUGAUGGAUAAAUGACUUGAUAGAAUACAUUUGAUUGACUCGAUUUGGUUGAUUUACACCAAAAGAGCAGAUUAAAAGGAAUCACAAACGAUGGAGACUUCACAGAGGUCUUCCAUCCUAAUUUCUAUAAUAGUUGUGCUGAAUAUCAUUGUAUGGAUGGUUCUGAUGUCAGCAUUGGGACUAGGUGCUAUGCAUCUGAAUGACUGCCCCCUCCAGCCAUACAUCCCUGUCUAUCUGCUAGUGAUUGGUGCUACAUCCAUAGCAUCUCUGCUCCUGGUCUACUUCAUUAACACACUGGGGCCUGGCAUGCUCAGCCUGCUGACAUCCUCCUGUGUCAUCCUACUUCAACUCUUCAACCUGGUGUGGUUUCUUACAGGGUGUGUGUGGGUGUACUCCAUCUUUCCUCUCAACUAUGAUGCAACCACUGGAGAGAAGUACUGUCAGAGGACCAUCUACUUGUUUGCCUUUUGGUUCAACAGCUUGGGUAGCAUCUGUAUGGACAACGCACAAGUCAGGGAGCUCGUUUCAAAAUGCAUGCAAGCACGGGAUAGGGCCUAUUGCCCGUACAGCCGGUUCCCGGUCGGUGCCGCCAUUUUGACGGCAGGUGGGGCUAUAAUAACAGGCUGCAAUGUGGAAAAUGCCUCUUAUGGACUGACAGUGUGUGCUGAGCGAACAGCAAUACAGAGAGCUGUGGCAGAAGGACACAGGAAGUUCACUGCUAUUGCUGUUACAUGUGACAUCAGAGACAGUUUUGUGGGGCCUUGUGGAGCUUGUCGCCAGGUGCUCAUUGAAUUUGGAACAGAUUUGGUUGUGUACCUGACUAAGCCAGAUGGAUCGUACAAAGAAACCAGCCUCAAAGAAUUGCUCCCCCUACCUUUCUCACCAGCGCACCUAGGAAAAUAACAGACACAGCACAUAUCCCAUAGUUACAUAGUAACAGAGAGUUAAUCACUAUAGCCUACAGUAGUUAAUUACUAUAGCCCACACUGUACAGAAAAGUAAACUGUAUAGAUAGGAAAGUUCAUAUACUACUACUUCCAGCACCAAUAUUACUUCUGGACACAUUCUAUCUAGGUCCAGUGGAACAAUCAGAACGUUAAAUUUAUCUAAAUUUAAUAAAACACUUUUGUUUGAAGACAGAGAAAAAUGUUGUUCAACUUCACUGAAAUGUAUGUUCACAUUCAAUAAA